AUGUUCCGGCGCAAUCCCGACCCGAGAAACUCCGUCCCCGCUGCAUUAAUCGAAUUGUCGAGCUCCGACUCUGACUCUUCAUCUUCCGACGAUGAUGGUGGGAGUAGUAAUGCAAAGAAGAGCAAGGAGACUGCGGAAGACUAUAUGUUGCCUGUGGGAUUUCAAGUUUGCCACUCGUUGGGUGGUGGCACAGGAUGUGGCAUGGGAACACUGCUGAUAUCCAAGAUAAGAGAAGAAUACCCUGAUCGAACGAUGCUGACUUUCUCCGUAUGCCCUUCACCCAAGGUCUCUGAUACUGUGGUGGAGCCCUACAAUGCAACCCUCUCUGUGCAUCAGCUUGUUGAGAAUGCCGAUGAGUGCAUGGUCCUCGACAAUGAGGCUCUUUAUGAUAUCUGUUUCCGAACUCUAAAGCUCACUACCCCUAGUUUUGGAGACUUGAACCACUUAAUAUCAGCAACAAUGAGUGGCGUGACCUGCUGCCUCCGUUUUCCGGCCAGCUCAACUCCGACCUCUGGAAGCUAG